AUGACACUACCUCUACGCAAGAGGGACAAAAACAUAAUUGUAGGAAACGAGACUUAUCAGACUAAAUGGUUAGGUCAGAUGACGUCAGAAGUGCAAAAGUCAUGUGAUAACGAAUUCGGCUUCUCUCCCGAUAACAAAAGCGGCGACUAUCCUUUUUGUGGGGAUAGACGCCGCACCUGCCGUCUGUUAGAAGUGUUAACGAAAUUAACUUUUACACAGCAACCUCCAUACUGA